AGCUGUGUGUGCAUUCAAUCUAGACAGCAUGCAGAAGGACUUGGGGAAGAAGUGUGAAGACGGACUGAUGCAGGACGGAGACGCCAUGAGCCCACAAACGCAGGACUCCAAGAGCUCGACUGGGGAGGAAGAAAGCAGUGUGUUGCCCUCUGCGCCACCAUUACCUACUUCACCCCCCUCUCCACCGUGUCAGAGACCGAAACUGAUAUUUCACACUCAGCUUGCUCAUGGAAGUCCUACAGGCCGGAUUCAUGGCUUCACCAACGUAAAAGAGCUCUAUGCCAAGAUCGCAGAGGUUUUCAACAUUUCUCCUUCAGAGAUCCUCUUCUGCACUUUAAACUCACACAAAGUGGACAUGCAGAAGCUGCUGGGGGGGCAGAUUGGCCUUGAAGACUUCAUCUUUGCACAUGUCCGAGGAGAAACCAAAGAGGUGGAGGUCACUAAAACUGAAGAUGCCCUUGGCCUGACAAUCACUGAUAAUGGUGCUGGAUAUGCUUUCAUAAAGAGGAUAAAAGAGGGCAGCACUAUCGACAGACUGAAAAACGUAUGUGUUGGUGAUCACAUCGAGGCUAUUAAUGACCAGAGCAUUGUGGGAUGCCGUCAUUAUGAAGUGGCAAAGAUGCUGAAAGAGCAGCCACGAGGAGAGCCAUUCACUCUCAGGCUGGUGGGACCCAAGAAAGCGUUUGACAUGAUUGGUCAGAGGACACGAGCACCUAAAUCCAGUGAGGGCAAAAUGGUCAGUGGGAAAGAAACCCUACGUCUGCGCUCGAAAGGAACAGCGACUGUUCAAGAAAUGCCCAGUGAGUUCGAGGAGAAGGCCAUUAAGAAGGUUGAUGAUCUUCUGGAAAGCUACAUGGGUAUUCGGGAUCCUGAACUUGCAACUACCAUUGUAGAAGCCGCCAAAGACAAGCAAAAUCCAGGCGAUUUUGCAGAGGCUCUGGACUCUGUCCUGGGGGAUUUUGCCUUCCCUGAUGUCUUUCUGUUUGACAUCUGGGGAGCUUUAGGGGAUGUAAAAAAUGGCAGAGUUUAGACCAAUUCUUCACCAUGGCUAUGUUUCCUAGUAUUGUUACACUGAGACUUUGGUAUUAUAACAGUAUUCUCCUUACAGAUGUAACUAUUUUAUUUUCAAACCUUGGCUGCAACCAGCUGUCCAUAAUUCAACAAAAGAUUCAGAGAUGUCACUUUAAUUUCUGUUUAUUAUGUUUAUUAUUAAACUCAGUCCUGAACUUUAACUGCAGCGCUAACACUGCUCCAGCAAAGCCCUAAGUGCAAAGACCAGAAGUGUGCAGUGUCAUGAACCCGUUUUUUAAAUAAAAAAAUGUCAGAAGACCUCAUAUGAACCAGUGGCUGGGGAUAAACAGUGAAUGUGAGAUCAUAAAAAUAAGUAUACAAAUAAUUAAAGUUAUCUAAUGUUUGUUACUUUAUCAGGGCUUGUUAAACCAUGCUUAAAGUCAAUCAGUAAUUAUAAUAAAACACGACUAGCUCUCAGCCUUACAUUUGAAAAUAUACAGUUCCUGUUACUUUAUGAAACUGCUUAUUGAAAAGUGAGAUGACAAAAGCAUAAUGAUCUAAUCUGAAGGCAUGUAAUGUAGAUUAAGAUCUAAUGUUAUAAUCAUCAGUCAAUGUACACAAUGUGUUCAGUGUAAAACAAUGAAUGCUUAAAAAAACCCCAAAAUACAUUAUUUCAAGUUAAUCUGAGAUUGUUUUUCAGACCUGAGUCCCAACAAAUGGCUUUUCUGAACAUGGUGUUCUUCAUGAGUCAUAACAUGAUGUGCAUUCUCAAAAAAUUUAUUUGCUGUGUAUUUGUCUGGAAAUAGUGUUGGUUGAUGCGUUGAUGCGUGGAUGCGUAAUCAUUCAUGUUGUUUGAAGACUGAUAUGUUCGAGUCUGUCCCAGUUCAUGUCACAAUCACUUCUUUAUAUCACAUAAAAAGAAAGUUGCUUUAUGACCACAACUGCAUGGUCUGAACUGAACUGAAUUGGCACGGUUUGACAUGACUACUCUUCAUUUUGAGUAUCUGGCCUUUUAUGUCUCUUAUACUACCUAACAUAUGCUUACACAUGAAGGUCUUCUUUUCAGGUGCAGAUAUUUUAUGUAUUGUGUUUGUAUGAAAUAUGACAUGAAUUACUGCAGUAAGGUUCAUCUACCUUAAAGACUCAUCAAGUACACAGAAGCCUGGACUACUGCACAUGUUUUAAAGAGGAACAGUCACAUCUGGUUAUUUUAAAGAGUGGAAAGUACUGGUUUACUCAGAGAUUAAAAAAGGCAACCAUGUGAUUUGCUGUUGAAACCAUUUUACAGAAACUGGAAGAUAUACAUGUCAUAUGUGUAAAGUGGUCAUACAAACCUGAAAUAUGUAAUGUAGCUGUUAUACCACUCUGUGUUCAAAAUGGCAUAGGGGUGUAUUUGUUUUGUGUAACAAAUAUCCGUAAUUGUAUUCAGAUUUCUUUCCCUAGGUGUAAAAAAUAUUAUUAUUAUUAUUAUUAUUAUUAUUAUUAUUAUUAUAAAUAGUUAAUUAAUUAAUUAAUUUUAUUAUUUUUCUUUAUUAUUUAAGUCACACAGGAUUAUUUUUGUAUGCAGUGUGCAAGAAUUCUCACAGAUAGAGAAUUACCUGAAAAUUCCCCACACAUUUACACUGUGUAAUACUUACUGCUGUUAUGUGGGAGCACGAUUAGUUUGCAAGUACACCCAAAGAAAUCUAAAAUAAAACAAGUCUGUUUCUGUAAAUCCAUUCAACAAAAUGUCAUCAGAAUUGGAGUAGAUAGAAUUGAUCACAUCAUUGUUUGACUGUGUGACUGUUCCCCUUUAAAAUGUAAAAAAAAACGCAAUUUGGAUCAUGGACAAUGCAUCAUGAAAAUCAUCGAAGCCAUUUAUUUAUCAAAAACAAGUGUGGAUUUGUUUUAUUGUGUUUUAUGUACACACUGUAUGGAUAUCUUGUACUAUUUUCAAAGUGAAGACCUGACAAUGUACAGCAUCUUGGUAAUUGAUGUCACUACAGUAAGUUAAAUAAAACCUUGUAUGCACUGCUAUUUAAA